AUGAAGCUCUCCACCCUCUUCACCGUGGCCCUCACGUCCGCCCCGGCUCUGGUCCAAGGCGAGUGCUUCGGCGGGGACAAGAAACGACCCGAUCACGGGCUCGAGGUCAUCGAGUUCAUGUACUCGGCCGGCUGCGCGUUGCAGCAAUCUGGGAACCUCCAACCUGGCAAGGAGUUCUGGAAGUCGACCAAGACCAGCGACGGCAUUUGCGUCAACGUCAACAUAUGGAACAAGGGCAAUGACGGCAAGAGCCUUACAAGCAGCCAGGCCAUCGACGCCUGGACCCGGGAGUGGGUCGGCUGCGAGCAUGGGGGUAGGACGAAGUAUGACGAUGGGUUCGAGUAUUCGUGA